AUGCUGCUCACCAGGGCGGCUGCUCGCCAGCCCUUCACCUCACCACUGGCCAUCCGAUCAUUCACCACAUCCCGCUUCGCCCUGGACGACUCUGCACCAGUCCGCCGAAGUCCCCUCAUAGGCAACUACACUGCCCCUAAGCGCUCGACGCUCAAGCCCGACCAGACACCACCCGUCUCAACAGAGCACCCCCGAGCCAGCCAACCUCCCCACCCAAGCCGCGCUCCCACCUCCAGCGCCGAGGUGCCCCCCAACGCCGACCUUCCUCCACCACCUCCUCCUCCUCCCGCCGCUGAGGGCGCUUCUCCCGCCACCCAGGACCUCUCUACCAGCUCUCCCUCGCACGCCUACGACGUCAACGCCCCGCUGGACCUCAAGCAGCUCCUCAACAACGCCUACAACAACUACGCCCUCCAGACGGGCGUAGCGACCCGCAGCGGCACCCCAACAGAGAACGUGUACGCCAAGCCCGUCACGGGCAAGACCGUCUUCCUCGAGGGCCGGUACGGCGGCGCGCAAAAGGCGGGCAACCCGGCCGGGGCCUUCCGGGUGCUCGACCGCCUGGUGAAGGAGCAGAAGGUCAAGCGGCUCUUCAACCAGCAGCGGUUCCACGAGCGCAAGGGCAUGAAGCGGAAGAGGCUCAGGAUGGAGAGGUGGCGGUUCAGGUUCAAGGACGGGUUCAAGGCUGCUGCCAGUCGGGUUCUGGAGCUCAAGAAGCAGGGGUGGUAA